AGGGCGUGGCCUCGGCGGACCCGACGAGAGGAAGGCAAAAUGGCGGACCUCGAAGACGUUACGCUGGACGGGAGACCGCUGCAGUCCCUGCGAGUGGCGGACCUGAAGGCGGCCCUGGAGGAGAGAGGACUGUCGAAAAGCGGGCAGAAGAAUGCUCUCAUCAAAAGACUGAAGGGGGCUCUCAUGCUGGAGAAUUUGCAGAGGACCUCCACUGCUCAUGUUGGACUGCAGCCAAACUCUCAGAUUGGUGAGGAAAUGAGCCAAAACAGUUUUAUCAAGCAGUAUUUGGCUAAGCAACAGGAGCUCCUGAGGCAACGGCUGGAGAGAGAGGCUCGUGAAGCAUAUGAAACAAAUGAGCAAGAGGACCACACAGAUGUUAAUAACAGUACAUCAUGCCCGCCCCCUGCUCAGGAUGCUACCCCAGCUUUAGCUGGGCAACACAAGCCAGCCGGUCCCUCUAACGCAGAGGGGUUGUCGGACUCAGUGAAUGCAGGAGAAGUUAAUAAAAAUCAGGAGGCUGACGUGUCCAGUCCACCUGCCUCUGGCUCUAUGGGCGUGCGGGCUCCUGGUGGUGGGAAAUGGCAAGACGUAGGUUCUGCAUCCAGCAAGGCUGCAGCUGACAGCAAUGAUGAAGACAGUGAGGAUGGAGACGAGGAUGGUGACGACGAUGACUGGGACAACAAUGCCCGAAGGAAAAACUUCAGAGAGCCAGCAAAGGUGCCCGCCGCAAGAGAGAGGUCUAUGGCAUCCCGUCAACCCCAGCAGCAAAAUAUCCCUUCUCUGUUUUCUCCUCAACUCCGCCAGCCAACACCUCCUCCCUCCCCACCUCCAGAGUUAUCGUUCCCUUUACCUGACACCCCUAAACAGAGCCCGCCUAGUCCUGAUGUCGCCCCCCUCAGGCACUCACCCAGUAGCUCCAGCUCUGGUUCUUCCAGUAGCGGUAGCCGUAGUAGCAGCCCAGAGCCAGAGAGAAGUGUUGAGCGCAAGCCUGGACCCCUGACCCUUCUCGCACGUAAAAUGGAGUCGGAAGGGGCUUUCUCUGGAGCGGGCUGGCAUGGCACAGAAGGGGAAGGAGGCAGUUCACCUUCUACUACAUCACUUCCUGGCAGAGGGCCUCCAGAAGGUCUGGUGUCUGCAAUCAGUCACACAGCCAACACUGCAGGACAUGCACCAUUUCCCAUGAUUCCAGGCACCCACCAAGGUAUCAUAGGAGCACCUUUGGCCCACGGCGAAGGACCUGUGAGUGUGCUCAAGUCUGCUGCGCUAGAGGAGAGGGACAGAGAGAGGGAGCUUGAGAAGAAGAGAGAAAAAGCAUUAGAACUGGAAAGGCAAGCAGAGUCGAAAAGGCUCGAGCAAGAACGAGCAGCAGAGGAAGAGCGAGAGAGAGCUAUGGCACUAGAGCGAGAGGAAAAGGAGAAAGCUCUGGAAAGAGAGCGAUUUGAGCGACAGCAGGCCCUAGAAAGAGAAGAAAGAGAAAAGGCUUUACAGCGGGAGCGAGAACUUGCUCUGGAAAAAGAGAAGCAGGAGCGAGAAGAAGCUUUGGCUAAAGAGAAGGAGGAGCGAUUGAGAGCCAUAGAGCUAUUAAGGCAAAAGGAGCUGGAAAGACAGAGGGCUUUGGAGCAAGAACGUCUGCAGAGAGAAAGGGAGGAGAAGGAGAGGCAAGAAAGGGAGGAAAGAGAGCGGCAGAUGGAGCUAGAAAAAGCCAGGGCUCUGGAGAGAGAACGGGAAGCUAUUGAAAGAGCACGUGAGCAGGAGAGGUUGGAGAGAGAAAGAGCUCUGGAAGCUGAGAGAAAGGAGAAGGAAAGAGCUCUGGAAGCUGAGAGAAAGGAGAAGGAAAGAAUUGAAAAAGAAAAAGCCCUUGAACAGGAGAGGCUGGAGAAGGAACGGAUUGAGAAGGAGAAAGCUAUGGAGCAAGAGAGAAUAAAGCGCGAGAAGGCUGCAGAGCAAGAGAGAAUAAAGCGCGAGAAGGCUGCAGAGCUUGAAAGAAUUGAGAGAGAAAAGGCCAUAGAGCUGGAAAGAAUAAAAAAAGAAAAGGCUCUAGAGCAAGAAAGGUUGGCUCUGGAGAAGAGGGAAAAAGAGAGAAUUGAAAAAGAGAGAAUUGAAAAAGAGAAGGCAUUGGAGCAAGAGAGAAUAGAGAGGGAAAGACGAGAGAGGGAAAGACGAGAGAGGGAAGAAAAAGAGAAGGCAGAGAGGGAGGCAGCUCUAGAAAAAGAGAGGAUUGAGAAGGAACGAGCUGAGAAGGCGAGGAAGGAACAGCUGGAGAGAGAGAAGGCUCUAGAGAAGGAGAAACUUGAAAGGGCAAGAGCCCUGGAGAAGGAAAGGCAGGAAAAGGAGAGAGCUUUGGAGCAAGAAAGGAUAAAGGCUCUUGAACAGGAAAAACUGGACAAAGAGAAAGCCAUGCAGAAAGAAAAAGAGGAACAGGAGAGGGCACUGGAACAGGAGAGGGAGAAGUUUAGGAUGGCUGAAAAGGAGAGAGAGAGUCACCUCCCUCCAUCCAAACGUGGCCGUGAGGUUGGUCUCACUUCCCUGCCCACUCCCCCCCUCCUCUCCACAGGACCCACUGGGAGCUCAUCGACAGAGGUGCCACAGCGGGAGGAUGACCAUGCAUCAGCGUCCAAGGCUGAAGGCCCCGCUGCAGAGUCUAGUGCAUCUGUGUCACCAGCAGCUCCGCCAUCUCAUUCGUCAUUUAAGAAGUUCCACUUAUUACGCGAUUCCCCAGUUCAACCGCAAUCUUCAUCCACUUCUUUGAUUAUCAAGCGGCCCCGUACAUUCUCCGAUAGCCCUCAACCUCGGGCCUCACCGCUCACCUCACCCACCAGAUUAGUGAUACCACAACUAGAAGUACACAAGGCCCCCAACGAGCAGGAGGAUCCACAGAAGCAGGCACACCAGGAGACCGUCUCUGUGUCCGUCUGUUCUGCGACGGCCCGAUCGGAGCAGAAGAAUUCAGAUAAAACUGCACCGGCCCAGAGUCCUGCAGAAGGGGCCAAAAGGCUCGUCACGGAGGUCAAAGAAAAAGCAGCUUCAUCAAAGACUGAAGACUCCGUCAAGGAGUCCAGUGAAAGAGCAAAAAAAGUGGAUGACGGCAAGAGUUCCUCAAGCCCAUCGGAUGCUGCAGAAGAGGGGAGAAGUGACACAAAGAAGGAGGAGAAACGGCCAAGACGACGAUCAUCAUCUAAUGAUUCCUCUUCCUCAGAAUCAGACUCUGGGUCCUCCUCAUCUCAAUCAUCUGGCUCAUCCACAUCUUCUCAAGAUAAAACCCGCCCCGUUUCCAGAGGUAGAGAGGAGGGAAAGCGUGAAAGAGACUCCUCACAACGUCACAUGGACACAACAAAGGCUGAGGGUUUAAGAGAGAGCCCAGAAGCCUCCCCCUGCAAAAAGAAAGCCUCUAUAGAGAGCAGUAAAACUUCUGAUGGAGAUGGUCACAUUGAGCAGAAACUGUUCAGUGAUGCAUCAACCAGAGAGGUUCCACAUCGGAGGACAAAGGACAGCGAGAGGGGAGAAGAAAAGGACAAACAAAGGCAAGUGAAGGAGACUGCCAUGGCAGAUUCAGAGAAGGUUUCAGAGACCAAUGAGGAGACACCAAAGGCUUUCUCAGCACGCAAGAUCUCUCUUAGUAACAGUAAAUCCUCCCCAGGCACUGUGAGUGCAGAGGGCGAACAGGAGUCUGGGACUGUGGCUGCUCGCAAAAGGAGAUGGGGCUCAAGCACAGCUGUUACUGCCAAGAAACCUUCUAUCAGCAUCACCACUGAUUCACUCAAGUCUCUGAUUCCUGACAUAAGGCCGUGUCUGGGCCAGGAGGCCGUCGUGGACCUUCACCCUGAAGAAGCAGCCAUCUCUGGCACAGAGGAUGAAGAUACAGAGCGCUCUGACCAGGACCUUCAGAUCCGACGCACCGUCACACAGGUGGUGCAUGCAGAAAGCCAAGAGAAUGGUCAGAAAGAAGCAAAGAGGAGCAAGCGGGAGGAGAUGGAGGAAGAGAACUCUCAGCUAGACCAGGAAAGGAUAAAGACCCAUGAAAAGCAGAUGGACAUUUCCCUUCCCGAACCCGUGGAAACCCAGUCGCCACCACAUUCCAGCCCUGAUGUAGAAACUAACACUGUGACCCCUAGCGACACCCUCAUUCGUCGCUCCAUCAGCCAGCAGAAAUCAGGUGUGUCUAUCACAAUCGACGACCCUGUUCGCACGGCCCAGCAACCCUCGCCACCACGAGGAAAAGUCUCCAAUAUUGUUCACGUAUGCAACCUGGUGAGGCCCUUCACACUGGGGCAGCUGAAGGAGCUGCUCGGCAGAACUGGAAGUCUGGUGGAAGAGGGCUUCUGGAUCGAUAAAAUCAAGUCCCACUGUUAUGUCACUUAUUCUAGUACAGAGGAGGCAGUCGCUACACGGACAGCUCUUCAUGGAGUUAAAUGGCCUCAAAGCAACCCAAAAGUCCUCAGUGUUGACUUCUGCCAGCAAGAUGAGUUGGACUUCCACAAAGGUUUGGGUGCAGCAGUUGGACCUGGAGGAGAGGAGCAAGGUCCUGCUCCCGGCCGCGGGCGGACAUUAGGCCUGCCUUCACUUCUCCCCGAGCGCGACCAAUGGGCCGAGCGCGAACGCGAGAUGGAACGCAGAGAGCGGGCGCGGGCUGAGCGGGAGUGGGACCGCGACAAGGUCAGAGAGUUUGGGAAACCUGAAGAAGAGAAAGAGGGAGCUCCACGCAGGUCACGCUCCAGAGAGAAACGACGCAAGGAGCGCGGGAAGAGCAAGGAGAAGAAGAUGGAGAAGAAGGCUGAGGAUCCCCCUGCAAAGCUGCUUGACGACUUGUUCCGCAAAACUAAAGCGGCUCCUUGCAUUUACUGGCUUCCACUUACAGAGGAGCAGUAUCUCCAGCGGGAAGUUGCCAGGGCAGAGCGGAUGAAGGAGCGUGAGAAACGAAGAAAGGAACUAGAAGAAGAGGAGGAGAAAAAAAGGGAAGAGGAGCGCAAAGAGAGGAUGAAAGCUACAAGUGCCGCCGCAACAGGAGACAGGAGUGAGGGUGAGAAGGACAAGGAGCGGGACAGAGAGAGGGACAGAGACCGAGGCAGGGAUAGGGACCGGGAGAGAGAGCGGGACAGGGAGAGAGCGAGGGAGAGGGACAGGGACAGGGAGAACGACAAACGCAGGGAUGGCUACCGUAGACCAGGGGGCAGCGGGACAGGGACGGGUCGACGCUCACGUAGCCGCAGUGAACCAAGAGAACGGAGACGCUGAUGACCAGUCCAGCUGAUGGAACUGUCUUGGACACCACCCUUUUCCAUUUGCCUUUCACUACAUGUACUUUGUUAAAAAUAAGACCCAACAGAGGACCAACUGAUGUCGAUUCCAUCUCAAAUAUAUACUUCUUUUUUUCUUUUUUUUUUACGCACAUUGACACAAACAGUCAUGCUUAAGGGGACUGAUUUUGCAGUGUUGUUUUCCAGUGUGCUGUACAUCUUGCUCGUGUCAAGGUUUGAUAUAUUUUUCUUUACACAUAGGUUUUUUUUUUUCCUCUCUCUCGCUUUCUUUCUCUCUCGCUCGCUCGCUUUCUUUUUUUUCCCCCUGGCCUUAUGGAAGUAUGGCACACUGGGCAAAUUUAAUGUUUUUACGCCAUUGUGCCCCAUUUGCUCCAAAGUGUAGGUGCCAAUUAUAAUUUUCAAUCGGGUUUCGUCCCCGUUUGUGGUGAGCACUCUGCAGUGAGGAAUCCUCCUGCUGCUAGUCGUGCACAGCUACACUUCCAGUCCUGCCAGAACAUAAAACUUGGUCCUCUAUGCGUACUUGCAUAAAUCAGAAAAUAUUGGAAGCAGUGUGUUUGGCAUUUUGUACAGACCUAUAAGAUUAUUCAAAAUCAAGUCUUUAAAUAAGGCAGCUCUGGGGUAUUUUUCACAAAGCGUGUGAUAACUACUAAGGUGGUGCAGUGUUCCUCUUUCUCUGUAAACGGACGACUCUGUGGGAGAGAAUCUGUCACACCUAUCACGAGUAAUGAUUAUGUCUUCGUUGAAUCUCUUUUGCCUCUUUAAUUUCUUCCUCCAGUUCUCUACAGCAACCCUGUAGUGUCAAUACAAACUCGAGGGGAAAUUGCAUUAUGCGUUUUCUCACCAAUGGUUUUAAUAUUGUUUUUUAAUUGUUAUUUUAUCAUUUUAGUACAAAGAUUUGCUUUUGUUUUUUUUAAUUUCUUGGAGACGCCUAUAAGUGGUGAAUGUACAAAUAAUAAAAAUUGAAAUUUGAAA